AUGACUACUGAGACACCGACCACGGGAAAAUACACCUCCCCACCAACACCAACAACUACAACAACUACUGACAGCAUCCAGAGGUCAACUUCACCAAGUACCCCGUUCAUGACAACCACUGCAACUACUCAGCCGGGUGAUGCCAUGGAACCAGAGGGUAGAACUACCGAACCGUUUCCGACAUCAACUGUGACUUUCAUUUCACACGAACCGCCCAAGAGCAGCUCCCUACCUGUCAGCGAGGUCACCACAGCGGAUUUACAGUUGGAUGAUCCUGGAGAGAUACUGGACCAACUCUUUCCGAGUGGAGAUUCUCCCUCAGAUGACGGAAAGGUCGACUCGACAACCUGCACGGAAGCGAUGAAGACCCUCGCCAAGCUGUCGCGGACUCCAUCCGCCAAGGACUCCACCGACAAGAUGGUGACAAUCUUCAACACUGUCGUUACCAUGUGUGGGACCUUGCCAUUGGACGCCCAGGCUGAGGGAGGUUACGUGGUCGGAGCGAUGACUGACUCCAUCAUGCAAAGCGUCCUUGAGGGGGCCAGUAUGAAAGAACUGGCUCCAAAAGCGUCAGCUGUUGUCGACACUGUGGCGUCUCUGAUGGAGUCGGGAGGAUCCGAACCGGUGACAGACGACGAAGAUGACGUCAUAGCGCUGAGCCGACUUCCUCCGCGUAAACGGGACGAGUUCCAGAAACAGAUGGAGAAGAAACUUCAACAGAAACAGAAGCAGCAGUGGGCCUUGCAACGAGAAGUGACCCAACGUCUACAGAAGGACCUGGACAACAUGGCCGAUGCUCUGCUGGGCAGUGUAGACAGCGGCGAGCGAGUCGAGCUUGGCUCGAAGGCUGUUCAGAUGGUCCUGGACAAGUCGUCAGGAGGACGGCUGGGAGGGGCGGCUGUCGCUGCGCAUGCCGGGAGGGUGACAUUCCCACACGCGCAUGCGCUGUACAGCGGAGGAAUUACUGCUGAUGUCGAGAUGAAGGUGGUUGUGGGAUACGAGCGAAACCCGUACGUGUGGGACGACUCGGCUCGGGACAUCAAGUCGUCUGUAGUGGACAUCGAGCUGAAACGGCCGGACGGGGACACACUCGAAGUCAAGGACCUGCCUGAAGAGACCACUGUGGUGUUGAAGAACGCCCCUGACAUGUUCCCCGCCCCCCGCCUGGUGAAGUACUCCCCGUUCCCUAACGACACCAUGGUGUUCCGGAGCUUCAGCGCCAGGAGGAACCAGACGUACGGCGUGACUGUCAGCCUGGUGUCGCUCUACCCUGCCGCCGUCAUGUACGGCAAGCUGGGAGACUUCCCGAACGAGACAGACUAUGACUUCCAGAGAGAUCUGAACAUGGAUGACUUCAUCACAGAGACCGUGCCUCCUCACGACGAUGUCCAGACCGCCUUCACCGUCCUGCAGCCGGACACAGCCGUGCAGAACGGCACAGAGGAGUACACCUUAGGACUGCAGAUGGACGGAUGUCCCCCAUCAGGAUGCCUGUACUCUGUCCAUAUCGUGCGGCUGAACUGUCUGUUCUGGGAUGCCGGGGUGGACGCGGAGCAGGGAUCAUGGAAAGGAGACGGCUGCCGGGUGAGCCCGGCAUCCACCCUGACCCACACAGUGUGUCUGUGUAACCACCUGUAG